CCAAAUUCAAAUUUCGAAUCUUUGAUGUGAGGUUUAGGGUUUCGGAAACUUUCUAUGUAAAAGAGCUGCACUCAAUUUCAGCUCUUCAGACUUAAAAAGAAAAAACAAAGAAGAAAUUAAAGACAUCCCAGUAAUUGCAGAUACUUUCUCUCUCUGAGUUUUGUUGUGUGGUGGAAGGUUCUUGAAAUGAGCAGUACAGUGCAUAUAACUCCCAAGUCUGGAAGUGAGCGGCAAUCAUUGUUUUUCCAGGAUUUAGCAUCACCAAUAUCUGCACGUAGGGGGAAAUUUUCGAGUCCAGAUCAGGCUGCAGCAGUUUCUGCACUAUGGCGUGAUAAUUUGAGGGGUUCAGAUCUUCCACCCCCUCCAAUUUACACCUUGAAUGACCGCUCAGAUUUCUCUCCAGAGUCAGGGAUUCAUGACUACCCAGCAUCUCCAGAAAUAAAAUCGGACUUGAAAACUGGUGCUCAAAGUUCUGGCCAGGACUUUGCUUCAUCUCCAGCUAAGGGGAAAUCAGAGAGUAGCACUUCUUUUCCUGGUGGAGGUGGGGCACAGAAUCAGCAGGGUUCACCAGGGUUGGGUUGGUGGUUGCCAACAAAGUCUGGUAGUAGUGAACUAGAGGAGAAGGCCAGGGGUUCUCCGGUUGAGGGUGUGGUACAGCCUGGUGCUUUGAUCACACUUCCUCCACCAAGGGAAGUUGUUAGGCCGGAGAUGCAGAGGAAUAGCUUGCCUGCUGGGAACCUUAACGAGGAAGAAUGGGUUACUGUUUAUGGAUUUUCCCCAGCAGAUACCAAUUUGGUUUUGCGGGAGUUUGAAAAGAGUGGUGUGAUCUUGAAACAUGUUCCUGGUCCAAGAGAAGCUAACUGGAUGCACAUUCUGUAUAAGAAGCGUUCUGAUGUGCAGAAGGCUCUCAACAAGAAUGGGAUACAAAUCAAUGGAGUGUUAAUUGUUGGUGUCAAACCACUGGAUCCCAUGCAACGCCAGGCUUUAAAUGAAAGGCUUAACACUAAAGGGUUUAUGACAUUGCCACCUCCACCUAGCAGAACCUCAGAGCUGAAUGCAUCAAUAGCCUCUCCUGAGCCCUAUUAUCUCCAAAAUGGAAGUGCAAAUGCUCGACAGUCAGGAGGUGCCAUUGCUUCCCCAUCAAAGUCAGUGGUAUCUAAAAUCAUGGAUGUGAUGUUUGGCCUAUAAGUUUGCUAUUGCAAUUAGCAGUCACUCCAGAGAUUCAUCAUAUCUUAUCAUAGUCAAAUUGUCAAAUGUGUCUUCGGCAAUUCAAAAAUAUAAUUGAGAGUUUCAGUAAAUCUUCUUUUGAGCUUGAUGCCUGAAUCAAUAUUUUUCCUUGUUGCUCAGAGUGCCACAUUUCCUCUUGUUAUAGACAUUAUACUGAAAACAUUGCAUACACUCACCUGAGGUUGAAAAAUCAUAGUAUGCACUUGCAUUGUUUUUACAAGGGCAAGCGUUAUCUGAUUAUUAUUUAAUAGUAAAUAUCCUUAUCUUUGCUCCUA